AAUUAAUAAACUUUAAUAAUAAAGACCAUAAGAAACCGAUGUUAAAAAAACCUAGUUCUGAAUGGAAUGAUUACGUUAAGAAGAUUGUAGCCAUCAAGAAGAAGUCUAAUAGAGAAGUACUCUGCACAGCUUGUUGGAUGAUACUCAAUUAUGAGCAGAGAAGUAAGCACAAGGCUAAGUUCCCAAGCCACACAGCAAGCAUCCUAACUUCAUCCCAGUUUGCCAGUGGAACCCAAUUUUAUCAGAUCGCUAUCAAAAAUAAUAAAGUGAUCACAAAGCACGACGGAGCUGUCCUUGUUAUUCAGCCCUGUCUGUUUGAUCCAAAAAAGGGAGCUGAGCACAUGGAGAUGAUAGAGAAAUUGUCAAGAGAGAUGCAUUCCAACCCUACUGCCCCAGAACAGAAAAAGAACCAAGAUGGAGAUGCCACUUCAUCUGGAAUAGCUUCAACUCAGAACUAUAGUAUUGUAUACUCAUAUGAUCCUGUUGUUCCUACCAAGCCUCUGAAGUUCUCAAAAGUUAACAGGAAUCUAGAUUCAUUGAUAGACGGUAUUAGUGAGUUCCAAGUCAACCUAUUUGCUCAGCUGUUCAGUUCUGAUUACUGUAUGGGUCCAUCCCAGAAUUGAUUUUAUAAUCCAUGAACAACCUAUCUUAGUUUCCCUGAGGUAGCAAGAAAAAGUUCAGACUCUUGAAGCUCAUCUUGUGAUAUUACAGAAUCCUGCACUGCUAAGGAAUCUCCAUACGUAGUACCUAUGAUAAAGUGUUUCAAGACCACAAAACCAAGUGAAGAAAAUAUCCUAAACCAAGAAGAAAGCAAGAAUGAAGUAAAUGUGGAGGCUUCAAAGUUACUGAUAGCACAAGGGAUGCCUGGUUUAAACACCAUCUCCUCAUCAUUCUAAAGUGCAAGUUUUAACUUAAGUUAUUCAUAAAAUUUUAAGAUACUUAAGAAUGUGUGGAAAUCGAUGGAUCCAAGAAGCUGUUAGCUUCUAGUAUCUAUCAUUUACCUUGAGAGUACAAUGUACUAUUAAGCCAACAAUUCUAUCAAUACGAUAGCUUACUUUCUCUCUUAAAGCAUAAGCUGUCUCUCUUUUAAGUGCCAGAUUCAUCAAAAAUGAAACUCAAUGUUCCAAGAUGAUGCAAACCUACAAAAAGUAGUUCCUCAUCAGGAUUUUUAUCUGUAGAUGCCUCCAUUUAUUCCUGUAAUAACUGAGACUGCUCAGUAGGAGUCUUAAGACAAUUUGGAGAUGUUAAAAGUUAAUCAGACUGCAUAUUUUUGUAGCCUUG